AUGGCGACUUGUAUGAUCUGCUUCACGGCAGUCUUUUCUGCCACAUUUGGGGCGUUGAUGAUCAUGAUACAACAGCCAGAUGCUGAUGCUUUCUGUGCGAGGCUUACUUCAAAGUACUCACCUAUAAUGCACGAUGUCGGCAUUACCUACAAGCAGCUGCAAUUCAACGGUUCGCUUAUGGUGUCUAAUCCAUAUCGGUUGGACGCAGGUCCUGAAGUUGAUGCAGCGUGGAAGUCCUUAGGUGUAGACUACCACGCGGUGAGAGUACCGGCAAACGAAGCACAGCAAUCUGGCCUUACGCUCGAUCAAGUCCAGAUCAAGGAAGAAUAUGGCGGUGGAUACCCUGCGCACGUAGAGGGAUUGCACCAUCUACAUUGCUUGAACUUGCUGCGCAAAUCUCUGGCCUGGAAUAUCGAUUACUAUCACAAGCAAGGCUUGGGGCCUUUCUCCAACGACGCGAAUAUCCUAAAACACCAUACUACACAUUGCCUCGAUAUCCUGCGACAGCAGCUCAUGUGUGUCAUGGAUGUUGGAGUUCUUGGCCAGGUAUGGUAUCAGCCGCCUGGCAAAUCGUUACAAGCAUUUGUCGAUUUUAACACCGUCCACACAUGUCGCAACUUUGAUGCAAUCCGAAGCUGGGCGGAGGAGCACCAGUUGCCAGAUGCAGCAGAUACCCCAGCCGAUUUUCUCGCUUUACCAAAGGAGGGCGAUCGGAUUUAUCACGAAGUCCCCUAG